GGUCGGGCAUUCUUGCGUUUUGAUCCAGCACUGAUGAACGACGAGAGUCUGUUGUCACGAAGUCAGUUUGUGGAGCCGUCGAGAUGGCAGUUCGCCGAGUCACCGCUACGAUACUUAACGAAGCGUGUCAGCGAGCAACAGUUGAACUCGUUGCUUAAAGGAACAUGGCUCGGAUGA